GCAAAGCGGCGGGUCUAGAGCUUCUACUCGCCGCGUCCGGGAUAAGGAUCUCUCUCGCACUCAAGCAACUGAUAGAUCACUUUAAUAGUAUUUAAAAAUAUCAAGUGCCGUUGAAUGUAAAAUAUAUAUAUAUUAUAUAUUUUAUAAUUUUGAGCGUUUCAACUUAGUCUUUCUCUCAACAAACAACUCAUGUUCGGUCAUCCGAAUUUUCGAUUAUUCGAACAGUAGCCAGUUUACAGUUUUGAUGGAUGAUCCGAAUGCCAAAGUCACGCAUCGCUAUGGAGUGGAAACAAACCGGAAACUUCUGAGACUCUUCGAAGUCUGUAAACGAUAUUCUCAAGUGUUGGAGCUUCUGGAGACACAACAAGACAGCGAAAAGAUCGUUCACCAGAUUUGUCUGGAAUUCUGCUGCUUAUCAGAUGUCGACCUACGCCGGCAGACCCGGACAGCCAUUCUCACGUACAAGAACGGCAUCAAGGAAUUUUUAAGACGAGAGUCGACAAAUUCCCAUUCGGGAACCGAAUCGGAGGCGGGCGGAAGUGCCAGAGAAUUUGAGGGACCAACGGUAUUGGCGGAGGCAGAUGAUGGCCCCGAUUCCACAAGAGGCGAUUCCAUCGUGAGCGUGGAUGCGGAGAGCUCUAUUCUCUCCACCGCCGAGGACAACGAAAUUUCUCGAUUGUCCGGAGCGACGGAGGAAAUGGACAGCUCGAUGAUGCUGUCUACGGCACCGCGAGCGUUGACGCCGACAGAGUCUGGAGAGGUCGACGCUUCUCGUGGCGUGGGUGCGAAGAGCUCUAUUCUCUCCGCCGCCGAGGACGACGAGAUUUCUGGAUCGUCCGGAGCAACGGAGAAAAUGGACAGCUCGAUGAUGCUGUCCACGACACCGCGAGCGUCGACGCCGACAGAGUCUGGAAAGGUCGACGCUUCUCGUGGCGUGGGUGCGAAGAGCUCUAUUCUCUCCGCCGCCGAGGACGACGAGAUUUCUGGAUCGUCCGGAGCAACGGAGAAAAUGGACAGCUCGAUGAUGCUGUCCACGGCAUCGCGGGGAUCGUCUCCCUCGGAAUCGGGGAUCCAAUGGCCUAGAGUUCUUCUCGUCAGACUCGGGGAGCUUCCGUCUACCUCCGUCCAAACGGGACAUGGAUCGAUUUUAAAUGACUCCUCCAUGUUGCGAAAGAAGAGGCGGAACAGCGUCGAAAUACUGUUAGCGUUGACAGACACAACUAAAUUGGCAAUAGGAUGUCGACAGCUCCACUCAAGGAAAAUUUAUACCGAUGAUGAUAAAAAAUAAAAUUUAUUUAUUAAAAAUAGAUAUCCAAAUAUACAAAUGUAAAUAAACAA